AUGAAUGCCCAGGAAUUCUGGCAGCACUUCUUCCAAUCCAAAGCGGAGACGGAAAGGCCCGAAUCAACGAGGCGCGCGCCUUCCAGAGCCACCACAACGUUCCCUCCGCCCACUACAGUGAAAGAGAGGGCGUCUCCUCCCCCAACCAUCAUUCUGCCGAUAGCAGAAGAUGAAAAUCUGUCCUCGUCCGAAGAAAGAAACCCGUCGUUGCUGCUGCCGGUCUUGCCGGAGGCCCCACUGGCGUGGACGGUGCGGCAACCGCCGACGGCAGUCAUACGACCCACCACAACCACUAGUCACUCACCCAACAGGAUCUCGACAUGGUCCUACGUCGACGGACCUGCGAACGCCAGUGGAGUGAUCGUUUCCAGUGAAAAACCACUUUCCACGAGCGCAACCGAAAGCAAGAACCACCACUGCGAGAACCACUACUUCAAGACCAACUACUGCAAUAACGACCACAGCGAGAACCACCACUGCGAGAACCACUACUUCAAGACCCACUACUGGAAGACUCACUACUGCAAGAACCACUACUGCAAGAACCACUGCUGGAACACCCAGUACUACAAAAACCACUACCGCAAGGACUACUACUGCAAGACCCAAUACUGCUGA